AUGGGUCUUUACGGUGAGAGAUCCGGUGCUCUGCACGUGGUAGUUAAUGACGAAACUUCCAGAAAGGCCAUUGUGUCGCAAUUAGAGCUCGUUGAGCGAUCCGAGAUCUCAAAUCCCCCUGCUUACGGUUCACGCAUUGUUGCCCGCAUCCUGAACGACCCCGUGCUGUACCAAGAGUGGGUCAAGGACCUGAAGGCCAUGUCGUACCGUAUCAUUGACAUGAGAAAGGAGCUCAAAGACCGACUUGUCGCUGCUGGCACCCCUGGCAACUGGGACCACAUUGUCAAUCAAAUCGGCAUGUUCUCCUACACCGGUCUCUCCCCAGCGCACGUCCAGCGUCUGGUUAACGAGUUCCACAUCUACCUCGUCGCCAACGGCCGUAUCUCCAUGGCCGGCCUCAACACCAAUAACAUCGACUACGUCGCCCAGUCCAUCGACAGAGUCGUCAAAGACUCUCUCAAGGCUAGUAAUCUCUAA